CCUCCUUCCUCGGCCUCGCCUCUUCGGGAGGCGGCGAGGAGGAGGCCGUCCCGGAAGGCUCGGGGGCCGGGCCGCUUGCGUCGCUUCCCGUGGGCUGGCGAAGGGAAGGGGAGAAGCGGAGGGAAGGGGAGGCGCUGCCCAUGCAGAGCAGGCAGCAAGAGCCGCCGCGGCGCUCCGGGGAGCAGCCGGAGCUGGAGCAGCCCAGGGCAGCGGGAGACGCCGUGGAGGAGCCGGAGGAGGAAGAGGCGGAGGAGCCCGGCCGGGCCCGGGCCCCCUACGCCAUGGAGAUCGAGAAGGAGUUCCGCCGGCUCGACCAGGCCGACAGCUGGGCCGCCAUCUACCAGGACAUAAGGCAUGAAGCCAGUGACUUUCCAUGUAAAGUGGCCAAACUUCCCAGAAACAAAAAUCGCAACAGAUACAGAGAUGUCAGCCCAUUUGACCACAGUCGAAUUAAGCUGCAGCAGGAUGAUAAUGACUAUAUCAAUGCCAGUUUGAUAAAAAUGGAAGAGGCGAACAGGAGCUACAUCCUCACACAGGGGCCUCUGCCAAAUACUUGUGGUCACUUUUGGGAGAUGAUUUGGGAACAGAAAAGCCGUGGCGUUGUCAUGCUCAACAGAGUGAUGGAAAAGGGAUCAAUAAAAUGUGCACAGUACUGGCCGCAAAAAGAGGAGAAAGUGAUGCUCUUUGAGGAUACAAACUUGACGUUAACCUUGAUAUCAGAAGAUAUAAAAUCCUACUAUACAGUACGACAGUUAGAAUUGGAAAACCUCACAACACAUGAAACUCGAGAAAUCCUGCACUUUCAUUAUACAACGUGGCCUGACUUUGGAGUACCCGAGUCUCCAGCUUCGUUCCUCAACUUCCUGGUCAAAGUGAGAGAGUCGGGGUCACUGAGCCCCGAACAUGGACCCAUUGUAGUACACUGCAGUGCAGGGAUUGGAAGAUCAGGAACUUUCUGCUUGGUUGACACUUGUCUCCUUUUGAUGGACAAAAGAAAAGACCCUUCUUCCGUCGACAUUAAGCAGGUUCUUUUAGAAAUGAGGAAAUACCGCAUGGGGCUUAUACAGACUGCAGACCAGCUUCGCUUCUCAUAUUUGGCUGUUCUAGAAGGAUCAAAAUUCAUUAUGGGAGACUCAUCUGUGCAGCAAUGGAAAGAGCUCUCUAAAGAAGACUUGGACCCCCCGCCGGAACAUAUUCCCCCACCCCCAAGACCACCCAAGCGAACCUCAGAAAUGAAUAACGGAAGGGUGCACGACCACAUGGAAAAUUCUUCAAAACAUCGGGUGACGGAGGAGGAAGUCGCAUGUGCCGUGAGCGCUCUGGUGGCGAAGGUUCCUGAUGGCAGAGAUCACCCCUCUGAACAUCUAGACAUGGAGAGCACUAGUCAAGACACUGAGCUUAGGAAGAGAACUGUCGAUGCCUCGCCACAAAAUGAAGAGAUGGUCAAGUCGGAAGAAGACGACGAUGAGAACAUGAUGUCAACUUGGAAACCAUUUCUGGUCAACAUUUGCAUGUUCACUGUUCUGACCGCAGGAGCAUACCUCUGCUACAGGGUAUGUUUCCAUUGAUAGACAUGCCAGCGAUGGUAUCGAGAACGGCAGUAGCUUCGCCGGCGUUUUAACUUUGUUACAAUAAAAGAAAGCUAAAGCGGGGGGGCAUCCAAGCCUUUGCCCCAGUGGAAGUAUAUCUUAAGUUUGAGAUGCUGGAACUUUGGUUAGGGCUUAAAGAGAAAAUUGAUGCACUAGGGUUUAAUAUUAGCCCUAUGGUCCCAAGAACAUAAUAUUCUAAUCUCAGGGCCUUAAGAUAUUCAGGAGUAAGCAGAGAAUAUGCCAAAUAAGUCUUGUGGGUUUUUUUUUCCUUUCAUUAUUUUUUCCUUAUUUUUUAAAAUGGAAUAAUAAGAGUUUACAAGAACAUUGUUUUUUAGAAGUCUUUUAAAGCCAGUUUUCGUUCUUUUUGGUUGUUGUUUUUCGGGGGGGGAGGCAAGUGAAAAAUUGCUUGUAUUCUCCAAGUGUUUGUAACCAAAUACAUGAUUGGGUUCCUUAAAUCACCACUAUUGGGUUCCUUAAAUCACCCACACAUACACACACCCCUGAAGAAUGUACAACUUUUUAUUUUUUAUUUUAUUUGAGAGGGGAGAGCUCUUUACUGCAUGCCUUUUCAAGACUGAGGACUCUCUAAAGAACCACUUUUUUGUAAGUUCUGUUGCUUAAAUUGGCUGCUGCUCAGGAGCCCCAGUAAAUGAAUGGAGAAUACAUGCCCCUGCAAGUUGAAUUUCACCCUGAAGUGUGGGGUUUUCUGGCAGUGCAGGUAACAUGGAUAGAUUUUAUCUUAAAUAGAUUCUUGCUUUCAGCGCAGUUGUAAUGGGCAUCUCCUGUUGCUUAGGGCAUCCCAGCAGGUCAAACGCUAUUCUUUUCUUCUUCCUCCUUUAAGACAAAAUCUCCCACUCGCCACCAACACCAAAUGCAAGUCUUCUGUCGCACUCCUUAUUAUCCCCAUUGCAUAGCACCAUCCCAUAUAUAUCUCUCUCUCACACACACACACACUUUCUCUUUCUCUCUUUCUCCCUGUCCUUUAGGGAGAGGGGAAGGAAAAUACAACCAAAAUAUAUCCACUAGCAUUCGCAAAAUUGUUUUGGAAAGGACCAGUGUUCUUAAGCAUCGGUAUCAUAAUUUGGAAUGUAAAAUGCAAUUUCACUCUAGACCUGCCAUGUGAAAAGAAUACGCUUUCUGUACAAAAUGGAACAAGAAGAGUUUAAAAUAAUUCUUAGAGCUCCUUUACGCUGCAGAAAUGUAUCUCAAGGAAUCCCAAGUAGCUAUUGCUGGGCAGGGGGUGGGCAGGAGGGGGGCUUCCUUUUUGGAGAAAAGCUGAGCAAAUGAACUGGCUCUCCAAAUCAACAAGUCAUUUUGCAAGAUGCAAGUCACUGCUGCUGGCUUUUAGUUUUAUUGCCUCCGCCCUUGAACAAAGAUUUCAAGUUUGGCUUUUAUUUGGCUUAAGAUCAUGCUGUUCAGUAGCCAGGUGUAAGUGUCUUAAGCCGUCUCUCUGCCUCUGCAGAAAAGAGUGUCCAGCCUAACUCGGAACAGAUCCAGGUUCUGUUCUGCUCCAUCUGAAGAUGAAGAUUUGAGUUUUUUGUUUUUGGUAUAGCAUAGCUUAACUGACCAUAGCUGCUAAAAGGAGGGUAAAAGUUUAGACCAAUCAUGUAUUUUGUCUCUUUGUUGAAUGAUAUGAUGGGGGGGUAGUAAGUUAGGACUUUGUCCACUCUUCUUACUGCAUUCGACUGAAAUAAUAAUAAUCACACAGAAGAAUCCUUUGUCGGUGCUACAGAGAGCAAGACAAAUGCAUUCAUUAGAGCUGUAGCCUGUUUCAAAGUAAAAUCAUGACAAUUGACCUACAAGUGUGACUGAUCAAUGCUUUAAAAAUUCUGCAAAAUUCUAAUUAUAUAGCACUUAAGUACCAUCUACCUUAAAAAAAACCAGAGUAGACUUCUCACUCCAUAUUUAUUUUGGUUUGCCACGACGCUCACAAACUUUAGCUCUUUGGGUUUUUUCCCCUUGAACCACUGGAUCUUGGGGAAGGAAGGAGUGGUUGGAUCAAAAAAUAAAUGAAGUCAAGCUUUGCAUCAAGGGCUUUUCAAAAGUACAAUAAUAAUCUUCAGGUAGUCAUGGGAAACUUAAGACACACACGCAGACAGACAGACAAAGUUACCCGUGAGAUUGCCGUUUAGACCAGAAUUUGAAAGGAGGAAUACUCAAGCAGUCAAUCUUCAGUAGCUACAGUAAUAGUGCAAGCGUGAAAAAUACUGAUUAUGAGUAUAGAAAAUGGUAUAACUAUAUAAUGCUCAUCUGUGUAUUUUUACUAUACAGUAUGUGAUUGCUUUGUCCCCAUCUCUCUCUCUCUCUCUCUAAUUCAGUAGGCUCUUGUUGAGAAGCAACAUUAGUUAGCACAUUUUUAUUCAGAUGCAUGUAUAAAGUCCCCCCCCCAAAAAAAAGAGAGUCCUGGUCAAAAUCCAUGUGCUUGAAAGUUGAAAAAGAGUUUAAAAUAUAUAUAUAUAUAUUUCUGCUUACCGAUGUACCCAGAUUGUAUUUGCAUGAUCUGAUUGUUUAAAUGGCCGUGGUUCCAAGAGUGUUGCUGAAAUGUCUUCGUUCAGCCAAUAGAUUGGUAGGUGUGCUCUUUUUUAAAAAUACGACAACAAACCAACAACCAACAAACAUCAGGUUACCUGUAUCUUGCCUAAUAACUUGGUGUGACUUUCUAUUCAGUUUUAUACGUCUGCCGUGCAACCCGGUUGUAUGCCACUCUCUUUAAGCUGAGUAAAUAUUGUACAAACAUUCCAGAGGGUGUACAAAGCCAUAUUCACACCCAUCUCUCUCUCUCUCUCUCUCUCUCUCUCUCUCUCUCUCUCUCACACACACACACACACACACACACACGCCCAGAUCCCUGGAGCUGCUGUCUGAAACCCCAAAGGAGCAGCUUUUCUUUCUCUCUCUUUCUCUCUCUCUCUCUCUCUUUUGCAUAGGCCAUCAGAACCAAAGUGAGAUUUGAAAUCUGCGCUUUGUUGUUAUAUAGAGGAUAUGAAAAUCAAAGCUCUUGAACGUAGCAGCAGGUGAUAAAUGAAUGGUAAUAUUAUUCCUUGGGCUUGUUGGUUUUUUUGUGUGGGGGGAAUGGUUGAAUUCAGAAUGUCUCUCCUUAAAAUCCACAGUGACUUGAUUGUACUGUUAUGUCUAUCCCCUUCAGCGAGGAAGAAACUAAAGAUCUCCCUUGCUAGCCAGAGAUACGGGGAGGGUGGACUGGCUACCACGUCUCUCCUGGGUUUGCCAGUAUUAGUGAUUUGCCUUUUUAUCCUAUUUGAACUCGAGAAGGACUCGUACUGUAGUGAAAACACGCAGUGGAAUUGCCCUAGUCAAAAGCCCGGUGAGGUGUGUAUAAGGCUUAUAAUGCUGAACUUGUAAGCAUUUUGUUUUGGUGUCCUGUCUAUGUAUGUAGUAGUUUGGGUGUGUAAAUACAAGUAGCAUUUCGAAGUGGAUGUAUUGGUUAACCUAUUCUUGGGAUGGGGGCAGGGGUGGGGUGGGAAGUGGGGGCCGGAAAAAAAAAUAUCCAUGUUUAAACUUGUUAGAAAGUUAGUGAGCUGCUCUGCUAUAUGCCUUAAGCAAAUAUAUACUCAUCAGGUCUUUCUUUUUUACAGAUUGCCAUAGAAAAGUUUUUUUUAAGAAAAAUAAAAUAAAAAUCUUUUAAAAAAAACAACGAACAAGCUAAAUGUUUUGGUAUAAUACGUUUUCAGGUAUAUUGUCUUUUGUGUAAGGCGCUGCAAUGACCUCACAGUUUCAGUAAAAAACUGUACAGUUUUUCAACUUCCCAUAAAGAUUUUCAGUUCUCAUUUUAGCUGCAACAAUAAAAUUCUUUUGUAAAGAA